UAGCUCUCCCAUUUCACAAGAUCGUCAAGACCGCGUGGUAGAAAAUACAGCCUCACCUGACAUGGCAUCCCAAGCCGUCGAGACCCAUCGUGCCGGCGCGGAGGUAUUCCGCGGCGACGGCGCCAUCUGCAAGAAGAAGUGCGUGGAGGUGCUGGAGGAGCUGGGCCUCCCGACGGGCCUGCUGCCCCUGGAGGACAUGGAGGAGUUUGGGUACAACCGCGCGGCUGGCUUCAUGUGGCUGGUGCAGAGGAAGAAGACGGAGCACACGUUCAAGAAGGUGAAGCAGACCGUGUCGUACGCCGGCGAGGUGACGGCCUUCGUCGAGCCGGGGAAGCUGAGGAAGAUCGCCGGCGUGAAGACCAAGGAGCUGUUCCUGUGGCUCAGCGUGGUGGAGGUGUAUGUUGAGAGCGUGACGGCCCCUGGUAAGGUCACCUUCAAGACCGGCACUGGUCUCUCCGACACCUUUGAUGCAGCUGCUUUUGCCCUUGGAGAAUGAGUAACUGUGUUGUGAUAUACUCCUAUCGUUCGAAAAUACUUGUCAUUAAAAUGGAUAAAAAAAAAUGUAUUUAGAACUAAAAUACAUCUAGAUACAUCCCUUUUUCUUCAUUUUGAGGACAAGUAUUUUCGGACGGAGGGAGUAGUUGCACAAGUUUGUGCCAAUACUGCCAUACUUAUAAACGCUACCGAUGCUUGUAAGCUGUCCGUCUUGUUCCCUAAAUGAAUAAAAGUGUCCAGUUCGUGCGAGGGGCGGA